AUGCUCUCACGGGAUGGGGGCAAGGAGCGAGGGCGCGGGGGUGGUUGGGCGGGUGGCGGUGAUGGGCGUGGUGGCGGUGAUGGCGAUGGCAGGACGCAACGAGGCUCACCAAGGGCAAUUGGACGUUGCGCCACUGACGAAACAACGGCUCCAUUCGUGGCUUCUUCCCCGUGGUUCACGCUGCUAUUAGCAGCCGAGGGUGACCAUCGACUUCUACUUAGCUGCAAGGGAGAGUGUGCUACCGUGGCUGCUGAAACUAUUAAGGAGCUGAAAACUACAGUGGAGAUGCUGGUGCAGCAGUUGAAGCAGGUCAACGCUCGUCUUGCAGCAGCUGAAAAGAGAAAUGUGCUCAGUGCUGAUGAGAAAAACGGUGCAAAGUUCAAGGGGAGCAUGGUUGAGGCGGCCGCUGCAAACAAGGAGAAGGAUGUUCCCAAGAGUGAUACUCGUGAUCAGCAGAAACACAAGGGCAUGGUGCAGCUCAAGGGUGCUGCUAAGAAGGAGAAAUCUUUGGUGCUAAAUGUGGGAGGUUAUGCAGCUGAUGAGGCUAAGGAGAUUGGUGAACCCAAGGUGAAGCCGGGCUUGAAGGAAGCCGAGAUUGCGGGGGAGCAGAUGAGUGCAUUCCCUAAAACUGGAGUUGGGAUAAGCUAUGCGGCGGCGCUGGUGAAAGGCAAACGCAAAGAGUUAGUUCAGGAGGGAAAGCAGUGA